GGCGGCGCACAGACGCGUAUUUAAGGAAAAACAUGGUCAAAACCGAAAUAAAUAAAAAUAACUGAAUAAGAUAACUAUUGACGGUAAUUUAAAGAUUACAUAUCAGAGUACAAAGUUCAGUUAGAUAAACAAUCUUAGUGAUGACAAAUCGAAUAGUAGAUACCCAAUCUAUUUGUUCACCACAACUCACAAGUGAAUACUAUAAAUAGUAUUUUAUAGUUUUGCCUUAAUAUAAUUUUGUUUUACACUUCAUAUUUAAGUAGUUUAUUACAUUAAAAAUAAACGUUAUUUGUUAGUUAUAAAAGAUGGAAUCUAUCCCUGGAGGAUCUCGAUGUAAUGAUAUUGUUCUUAGUAGAAGAGACUUGUAUACAAUUUUAAAAGAAGGUUCAACAAAAUCGAAACAUCCACAUGGAAAUUAUGAACACUUAACAAAAUAUAUACUAGAAAUUACUAAAUAUCCAAAUGAAUUACCGAAGGAUAUAAAAAAGGUUUUAUCUUAUUUUAUUUCCCAGUUUAAUACCAAAUGGUCUGCAUCAUCUCGAAACGUAGAUUAUUUUUUAAAAAAAAAUUUUGGUUGGUUGGAAACUAAAAUAAGUUUUCCUAUGUACAAAGCUUCUUCAUUUUCUUCAAAUGAUAUGAAAGUUAAGGGUGGAAGACCAAAAGUGGAUUUCUCUAAGAGUAGUGAACGUACAAAACGUAGAAAAACUCAAUUAUUAAGGUCCGAGGUAGGUUCUUUAGAAUUAUCUUAUGCGGCUCAGAUGAAUCUCCGUGCAAGUGGCCAGUUAGAUGCUGCUAAUGUGAUAAAAGAUGUGACAUUAACAACACCUAAACGAGCAGAAAAAUAUAGAAAGGCUUAUAAAGAAACGUCAAAAUCAGUUAUGCCACAGAAGUAAUUACUAUUGAAACCAAGAACAAAGAAAAUCAAAUAA